GGUAAAUUUGGCGCUAAAGCGGCGGAUCGAGCAGCGGGAGCAGCGCGAGAGCCAACAAACAACCCGAGCAAACAAAGAAAGAGACAAACAACAAACAAAACUAUAAACACAGCAGCAGAGCCGCGCGGUGAGCCGAGGGCGCGCGCAGGAGCGGAGCUCGGUGUGUUUGGUGGUUCUGUUGGGCUGCGCUGGGCUCGGUUUGGGGGGAUUUGCGCCCUCUGCUGCAGAACCUGAACAAAGAACCCGGAGCGCGAGACCUCCGCCGCCGCUGCUACUGUCUGCUGGUCCGCGCGCUGUUUGUGCCCACAGCGCAGAUAAUCAAUUAGAAUAACGGCUCGAGGCUGAUCGAUACAAGUGAUCAGUAGGUUAGUGUCGCUCGCUGAACCGGACCCGCUGCUGCUGUUAAUUGGGGGUCGCUCCGGCUCGGGCAACUUUCCUUCAGUCAGUCACUGUGUGCAGGGAACGGGGUCGGGAUGCUCGCGGUCGCGUGCGGUGGCAGAACGGACGGAGGGCGCGCGGGGAGCUGCAGUCCUUACACCCGACUCCCGGCUAAACGGAGGUUAGAUCUAGAGGAUCCUCUGUAUCUGCAGGGUUUCCGAACACCCAAAGGCAAAGUGAACACAGUCAGACUCGCCAGCCCAAAGACACCAAAGUCUCCAGGUGAGCGGACUCGGUACGACACCUCCCUCGGCCUGCUGACCAAGAAGUUUGUGGGCUUGCUGAGCGAGUCUCCUGACGGCGUGCUGGACCUGAACUGGGCUACUGAGGUCCUAGAGGUUCAGAAGAGACGUAUCUAUGACAUCACCAACGUGCUAGAGGGGGUCAAACUCAUCCGCAAAAAGUCCAAAAACAACAUCCAGUGGCUGGUGAGUGGUGUGUUCGAAGGCUCAGCGGGUGGUUCGGAGCGGACGAGCGCUCUGCGGAGGGAACUGGCUGAGUUAGAGAGAAAGGAGAGAGUUUUAGAUGAGCUUAUCCACUCCAGCAACAACCAGCUCCGAGAACUGACUGAGAACAAGGACAACCAGAGAUUGGGGUAUGUGACCUAUCAGGACCUUCGCUCUAUAUCGAGUCUGCAGGACCAGACAGUCAUUGCAGUCAAAGCUCCUUCAGGAACCAAACUAGAGCUGCCAGAAACCACAGAGCAGGGCAAUAUGCAGAUCUACCUGAAGAGCAGGAAUGGGGCUAUUGAAGUUUACCUGUGUCCAGAGGAGGGUCUGGAGGACGUGAGUCCGGUGAAGGCAACCAGGAGGGACUUCAGCAACGGGGUCACUCACCCAACUCAAACCAACACCCCACAUCACCCAUACACCCCCAAACCCCUGCACGCCCCUGAAGCCAUACCCCCUAAACCCCAGCCCCCGAUGGACAGCAGCAAUAUCGGAGCUGCCCUGCUGGACGUGGAGAAAAUUCUGGGUCUUCCCCCAAGCCUACUCCAGAUCACUGAAGAUCAGCUGCCCAGCACAUCCUUUACCCCUGACCAGUCCUUUGUCAGUUUCUCUCCCCCUAUUGACCACGAUGACUACCUCUGGGGUCUGGAUGACGGAGAGGGAGUUUCAGACUUUUUUGAUACCUACGAUCUGGGAGACCUGCCAUAUGAGACCUUCCAUAUGAAAAUAUAA